AUCUUUAUUGUCUCUUUUGUCUGAAGCCUUCCUCUGUUCAUCGCGUACGCGAUUAAGUGAAAUGUAUGUGUGACUGAAAUGUAAACACCAAAAAAGAGCACUUUCAAUAGAAUUGCUCAAAACACAGAAAUACUCGCGGUUUUGGGACUGGAAACGUCUCUACUUUCCAAGUCAACAGAAUGGAGUUUCCAAAUGAUCCAGUGCUUUCGGCCGAAAAAGAAGCAUUACUUAAAACAUGUGCAAUUGACGAGCAGGAAAUGUUUUUCAAAUGGGAGUCAUGGUGCAUCCAAACUGGACAUGACGCAGAUGUAAAUCUUAAAAGUUUUCAGCAGUUUGCCGAAGCUUUAAAGCGUCAGAUGGAACGAAAGGUCAAAGCUGAAAUGAAACCAAAGGUUGAGCGUAAAACAGUAAAACACAUCGCCAGUAUGGAUCUUGGGAACAUUUUAGGUGUUUCCACGAAACAAAAUUCCCUUCAAAAUGAUCCAAAUGCAGUCGGGGAUUCCGCAUCAAAGCCUGUUGAGCUUUCUAAAGAAAGCGGAAAAGUUCUGGAGAUUCUUCAUCCCCGACCAAAUAAUGCAGAAAAUUUGAAUCGCGCUGAGCAUACGACACAAAGCGUCUCAAUCGUUCCCGAAUUUGAAGCAGCAAAAUUUCACUACAGAUACAUGUACCAAAAACUUCAAGAUUCUUCAGAGGUUUUGGAUGAUCGUAUUGACGCUUUCAGUGAGCUCACGUGCCAAGUAUUAGGAAUCCAAGACGAAGAACUAGCGAACCCUGGAGAACUUACACAGGAUACCGUUAUCGUGGUUGGAAGAAUUGUACUUGAUUCUUCUGCCCCUGGUGGUCGUUUAAAUGCACAAAGCAUACUACUUGAAACGUCCCGACGUUUGGGAGCCGGCUGUCGUGUCCCAUUACGACUUGACAACCUCUCCGGGUUCUCUAUUUUUCCCGGUAAAGUUGUUGCGUUGAAAGGUUCAAAUCCAAGUGGAAAGGUCUUCACAGCUUCUGAAUUUGUAAAAAUCCCCCCUCUUCCUCUCGCAACGAGUGAUGCUCAACCGACAUCCGAUGACAUGGCUGUUGAUGCAAUGUCUCAGAAUACCCGUGUACUACUUGCUUCCGGUCCUUGGUGUGUUCGUGAUAAUUUUGAGUACACACCUUUACGGGCUUUUGUAGAGCAUGUUGUACAAGAGCAGCCCGACGCUGUAAUUCUCAUGGGACCCUUCAUCGAUGUACACCAUCCGUUCAUUGAAAUUGGCGUGAUCCCUAAUGCCAAAGCUGAUUCCGUUGAAGGAAUCUUUCAGCAAUUUGUCACUCCAAUCUUGUCUCGAAUUACCUGCCCCUGCAUUUUAAUCCCACAUAUGAACGAAUUGGUCACAGAUCAUCCAGUAUGGCCACAAGAUUCCCUUGAUCCAAACCUUCUUAAGCUACCCUCCAACUUCAAGUGCUUCCCUAAUCCUAGUGUUUUUUCCAUUAAUGACACUCGUUUUGGAAUUUCAACGAAUGAUAUCCUGUUGCAUAUGUCUAAAGAAGAGCUUUUCCGCUCGCCAAAACACACCAAUCUCUUCACUCGUUUGGCUUCUAAUAUUAUACAACAGCGUCACUUUUAUCCACUCUUUCCAGGCGGAUCAAUGGAGAAGGGUAACUCUUCAAAUCUUGAUAUUUCACACCUCCCCUUGGGUGAAUUUAUCAAUGUGACACCAAAAAUACUCAUCCUUCCCAGCGAGCUUCAUCAUUUUGCAAAGGAUGUUGAGAAUGUAGUAUCGGUCAAUCCUGGAAAAGCAACCAAGGGUGUGUCCUUUGGUUCUUUUGCUAGAAUUAAUAUCGCACCAAAAGAAAUAUCAACAGAUGGUAAUACUAAUUCCAAUCAUAUUCAUGUGGAGAUUGUUCGACUGUGAAAAAAUAAGCAAGCCCUGCAAUUUACGGACUAUCUACUACUACGACGCCAAAGAGUUGCUUUUUAAUACAUUUAUUACGAUAUUUUACCUUUGUUCCUGCUAUUUUCUAUUAUUUGUUCAUUAAUUGCGUUGACUACUACUACUCAAAUGCACCACCAAAAAAAUUACAGCCAAGCUAGUUCGGGCAGUCUUAGCGACAGUGCAAGCUUAUAGGAAAGCGAAC